UUGUUCCACUAUCUAUAGACGUCAAGAUACGUUCACCAGCCUAUGGAAAGCAGCGCAAGGUAUAUGACAGGCAAGGUAUUUGUCUUGGAGUCUUCGACGAUUAAUAACUAACUUCAGUAGAAUACGUUUGAAAUGGUUUCUGUAAAUAGAAUAAAGGUUGCACAGCUGUGUAAAUAAAACGAGCGCGUCAAGACUAGAGCAAAAAUGGCCCUGAAGUUUUCCUAAAUCGGAUUUAACCCGGAUCAGAAUUUCCCGCUUCGGAUUGUGACUGGAACGCGCUCGGAUUUACCACCAAAAGCUGUUUUUCUUUAGAUCCAACAGUACACAUUUGCUUUGAAAUACGUUUUAUUUAAAAAAAAAAAAAUCUCCUCCCAAGAGUGGAGAAUGCAUCCUGGCAAUUGUCGAAUGAAUAGAGGUGGUGGACUCGAUGGUAUCGGUGGUGGAGACGAAUCCGUAUUUGGGACGAUCACGCUAGAGGAUCUGGAAUCUUUUUCGGAAGACCAGCUGUCAGAUUCGGGCAAUGGAAGUCUGGAAGAGGAGAGUGAGACGAUGGAGGACGAAGGGCAGCAAGACCGAUUGCUGCGCUACUGGCAGGACGCUGCUCGAGGACACCAAGUCGAAGUGCCUCGAGACAUGGCCGAGCCCAUCCAGCAGAUCACCAGCAACAACAAUGGACAACACGACCGGGAGCGUGUGCCCUUCACCCUCAUCACUCAUAUGGAGAAGUGUGGGGACGUGCUUUAUGAGAAACGCCACUAUGAGAAGGCCCACUGGGCGUGCAUCACGGUUCACGAGGACACCUACGAGCAGAGUAUCUGUUACGGUUUCAUGAAGCUCAUGAGAUACAUCUGCCAGCAGAACUCCUCAGUUACCUAUCUGGGUAUGACCAUCCCUAUCCUGACGGUGAUCCGCACGGACGAGAACCACUCUGUCUUGUCCAGUGACGUCACUGUGGCCUACUACCUGCCCACAGAAUACCAAGCCCAGCCACCCCAGCCUUCUGACACUGAAAUAAGCAUUGAGGAAUGGCCUGCCACUACUGUAUACACAAGGGCCUUCGCUGGUGCUACGAACGAGGUGACCAUCAUCAACGAGAUCCGCACUAUGGCGGAAGUGCUCGACUCCCCCGCCAUAUGCGUGAAUGGCUCAUUCAUUGUCGCCGGCUACACAAACCCCGCGGCGGUAAACCGACAGAAUGAGAUUUGGUUCCUGGAGCAGCCUUGAGGGCCAGCCUGACCUUGACCUCUCCUCCUGAACUUGACCCACCCAACACUCUGUCCUUAUCUGACCCUACCGAUUCACCCCUAAUGGAAACCCCUUCCUAUUUUAGAAAGAGAAGAGACUUUGGGACUUUGCUGAAAAAGGUCCUUAUUACCAGUUCUGAGCAAGGCUGAAUCAUUUGGGUCAAUUAAUCCUCUAGAGUCUAAACCUGGAAGGGGGUGGGGUUCUACUAAGCUGACAUAUGGAAUUGUUUUAAGAUGGUCAUACAAAGGAUCACUUAGAUAUUAGGACCCAAAAAUGUAAAAUUAUUUGAUGAAACAUUGAAUUUGGCCUUACUGCUAUUAGCCCAUAAACACAUUGAAUUACAGAUUCAUACAGGGAAAAACAUCUACUGGAAGUUUGUUUUGAAGUGUCUUAUAUCUGAGAGAUGAAAUCUGGAAACUAGAGGUCAACCGAUUAUGAUUUUUGGAGAACAAAAAAAAAACGAUUAAUCCGACGAUUUUUAAAAUGUAUUUGUAAUAAUGACAAUUACAACAAUACUGAAUGAACACUUAUUUUAACUUAAUAUAAUACAUCAAAAUCAAUUUAGCCUCAAAUAAAUAAUGAAACAUGUUCAAUUUGGUUUAAAUAAUGCAAAAACAAAGUGUUGGAGAUGUAAAAAUGCAAUCUGUGCCAUGUAAGAAAGCUAACGUUUGAGUUCCUUGCUCAGAACAUAUGAAAGCUGGUGGUUCCUUUUAACAUGAGUCUUCAAUAUUCCCAGGUAAGAAGUUUUAGGUUGUAGUUAUUAUAGGACUAUUUAUCUCUAUACCAUUUGUAUUUCAUAUACCUUUGACUAUUGGAUGUUCUUAUAGGCACUUUAGUAUUGCUAGUGUAACAGUAUAGCUUCUGUCCCUCUCCUCGCUCCUACCUGGGCUCAAACCAGGAACACAACGACAACAGCUACCCUCGAAGCAGCGUUACCCAUGCAGAGCAAGGGGAACAACUACUCCAAGUCUCAGAGCGAGUAACGUUCAAAGCGCUAUUAGCGAGCACCCCGCUAACUAGCUAUCCAUUUCACAUCACAUCGUUACACCAGCCUAAUCUUGGGGGUUGAUAGGCUGUUUGAAUGAAUGCUUAUGAGCCUGCUGGUGCCUACCACCGCUCAGUCAGACUGCUCUAUCAAAUCAUAGACUUAAUUAUAACAUAAUAACACACGGAAAUACAAGCCUAAGUUCAUUAAUAUGGUCAAAUCCAGAAACGAUCAUCUCGAAAACAAAAAGAAUAUUAUUUCAGUGAAACAUGGAACAGUUCCGUAUUUUAUCUAACGGGUGGCAUCCAUCAGUCUAAAUAUUCCUGUUACAAUGCACAACCUUCAAUGUUAUGUCAUAAUUACGUAAAAUUCUGGCAAAUUAGUUCGCAAUGAGCCAGGCGGCCCAAACUGUUGCAUAUACCCUGACUCUGCGUGCAAUGAACGCAAGAGAAGUGACACAAUUUCACCUGGUUAACAUUGCCUGCUAACCUGGAUUUCUUUUAGCUAAAUAUGCAGGUUUAAAAAUAUAUACUUCUGUGUAUUGAUUUUAAGAAAGGCAUUGAUGUUUAUGGUUAGGUACACAUUGGAGCAACGAGUCCUUUUUCACGAAUGCGCACUGCAUCGAUUAUAUGCAACGCAGGACACGCUAGAUAAACUAGUAAUAUCAUCAACCAUGUGUAGUUAUAACUAGUUAUGAUUGAUUAAGUUUAAUGCUAGCUAGCAACUUACCUUAGCUUCUUACUGCAAUAGCGUAACAGGUGGGCUCCUCGAGAGGCAGGUGUUUAGAGCGUUGGACUAGUUAACCAUAAGGUUGCAAGAUUGAAUCCCUGAGCUGACAAGGUAAACAUCUGUCGUUCUGCCCCUGAACAAGGCAGUUAACCCACCGUUCCUAGGCCGUCAUUGAAAAUAAGAAUAUGUUAACUGACUUGCAUAGUUAAAUAAAGAUUAAAGGUGUGAAAAAAUAUAUAAAACAUUUUUAAAAAUCGGCGUCCAAAUUUACAGAUUUCCGAUUGUUAUGAAAACUUGAAAUCGGCCAUUCCGAUUAAUCGGUCGACCCAUUUAACCCCUUUUUUAGGCACUAAACUACUUCCAUACACACGUGUACAAAACAUUAAGAACACCUUCCUAAUAUUGAGUUGCACCGCGCAUUUUUGCCCUCAAAUGCCUCAAUUCGUCGGGACAUGGACUCUACAAGGAGUCGAAAGCGUUCCACAGGGAUGCUGGCCCAUGUUGACUCCAAUGCUUCCCACAGUUGUGCGAAGUUGGCAGAUGUCCUUUGGAUGGUGGACCAUUAUUGAUACACACAGGAAACUGUUGAGCGUGAAAAAACCCAGCAGGUUGUAGUUCCUGACACAAACCGGUGCGCCUGGCACCUACUACUAAACCCCUUUCAAAGGCACUUAAAUCUUUUGUCUUGCCCAUUCAACCUCAAUGGCACACAUACACAAUCCCAGUGGUUGAAAAAGUACCCAAUUGUCAUAUGAGUAAAAGUAAAGAUACCUUAAUAGAAAAGGACUCAAGUAAAUGUGAGUCACUCAGUAAAAUCUUACUUAAGUCUAAAAGUAUUUGGUUUUAAAUAUCUAAAGUAGAAUGUAAUUGCUAAAAUAUGCUUAAGUAUCAAAAGUGAGUAUAAAUAAUUUCAAAUUCCUUAUAUUAAGCAAACCAGAUGGCACCAUUUGUAUUUAUUGAUGGAUAGCCAGGGGCACGCUCCAACAAUUUAUAAAUGAAGCAUGCAUUUAGUGAGUCCACAAUAUCAGAGGCGGGAUGACCAGCUAUGUUCUCUUGAUAAGUGUGGGAAUUAGACCAUUCAAAAUGUAACGAGUACUUUUAGGUGUCAGGGAAAAUGUAUGGCGUAAAAAGUACAUUACUACAUAUUAAGUAGUGAAGUAAAAAUUGUCAAAAAUAUGAAUAGUAAAGUACAGAUACCGCCAAAAAAAUACUUAAGUACUUCACACCACUGCACAAUCCAUGUCUCAAAGCUUAAAUCCAUCUUUAACAUGUCUACUCCCCUUCAUCUACACUAAUUGAAAUGGAUUUAACAAGUGACAUCAAUAAGGGAUCAUAGCUUUCACCUCGAUUUACUUGGUCAGUCUGUCAUGAAAAGAGCAUGUGUCCUUAAAUGUUUUGUACACUCAGUGUAUACUAUAUUUAACCUCCAUUUUUCGCGCAAAACCAUUGACGUGUUUGAGUCUCACCUUAGAGGGGUCAUAGUUUGUAGGCCAAACAGUAGACCGAUUUAAAAAAAUAAAAAUAAAAAACUUUUA